GCUUUUUUCCCAAACCUGGCAAUUUUAUGAAGUUAACUCGAGGCUUAGAAAGAAUCUCCCAGAUAUUGUUAUUCCCCUCAUUCCACAGGGAAAAUGUGACUCUUUAUCUUUCAGAUUAAUUUUUCAAGGUUAGGAGGAGUAGAUAAAUAUAACCUCCCAUGUAAUCUGUGAGCAUUUACUAUUCCACAGCAAGCGCGCAACUGAACGAGUAUUUUUCACUUGUCAUCUCAUGCAUGUAUAGUUUUACGUCAUUCACUGCCUAUUAGACGUUUCUUUAAUUAUUUAAAAGGUUAAAUUCUGGACAGUUUUUGCUCAUUAUGGCACUUUCAAAUUAUUUGCAAGAUAUCAAACCGGAAUUUCUUAUAGCGUCUGCUACGAUUACCCUGUGUAUUCUUCUUUCUCUAAUUUUGCGAUGGGUUGUCAAAAAGAGGAAUUUUCCACCCGGACCUAUGGGCUUACCAAUUGUUGGCUAUUUACCAUUCCUAACGAAAAAUGUGCAUCUCAAACUUAUGGAUCUAGGAAAGAAGUAUGGAGAGGUAUUCAGUGUGCGGCUAGGAUCUGAGACGAUUGUGAUAUUAAACAGCGCAAACGUUAUUAGAGAAGCGCUCGCGAAGAGCGAAUUCCUGGGCAGACCUCCGAAUACGUCAUUCACGUUGUUCGAUUCUAACAGUCCAUUCUUCGACACGAACAUUCACGUUUGGCAGGAACAGCGCAGAUUUGUCGUACAGUCAAUGAAGGACCUUGGGCUUGGUAAAUCAAAAAUUGAAGGACACAUCCUGGAAGAAAUCAGCAACUUCUUGGAAGUUCUGAACAAACAUAAUGGAGAACCGUUCGAUGUGAUGACUCCGUUAACUCCAAGUAUGUCCAACAAUAUAUCUUCACUGGUUUUUGGUAAAAGGUACGAAUACAAUGAUCCCGAGAGAGUAGAAUUGGACAAAAGUUUAAACGACGUUGAAAAAGCUUUGGGGCAAGCGGCAUUCCACGUAUUCUUUCCUUGGAUUAGAUAUUUCCCAUUAAUAAUCAAAUGGAUGAAAUUGGAUGACGCAGUGGAAUCUAGUAAGAAAUUGCUCAAGAUUUUCGCCAAGAAAGCAGAGGAGCACAAAAAAACACUUGAUCCGAGAGACAUCCGUGAUUUCAUCGACAGUUACCUCAUCGAGAUGGAAGUAAGGAAAGCCAAAGAUCCUCAGACAACAUUCUCAGAUGAAUCUCUCAAAGGAUGCGUUUUCGAUUUGUUUGGCGCUGGCACCGAGACUGUUCGGACCACCAUUUCGUGGUCUUUGUACAUCAUGGCUGCUUUCCCAGAUAUACAGAAAAAAGUGCAAAAGGAAAUUAUGGAUAUUUUGGGGACUGAGAAGAAACCAGAAUUUCAAAUCCAAAAAGAAAUGCCUUAUAGUCAUGCAGUACUCUUAGAAGUUAUGCGAUGGAAGACGAUAGUACCUCUCAAUCUUUUACGCUAUACAUCGGCAGCUACAACUGUUGCGGGAUAUGAUAUUCCAAAGGACACCAUUGUGAUGGCGAAUAUAUGGGCUUCACAUCACGACCCUCAAGUUUGGGAUGACCCAGACAGUUUCAAACCAGAGAGAUUUCUUGGAAAAGAUGGAAAAUCUGUCAUCAAACCAAAAUAUUUCUUGCCUUUUUCUGUUGGCAAGAGAGCCUGUCCAGGAGAAACGAUGGCUUACAUGGAAGUUUUCCUGUAUUUUGUAUCCAUUCUACAAAAAUUCGAUAUCACUUUACCAGAUGAUAAAAAGCCAACUUUUGACGCAAAGCUUGGGAUAACUUAUAAGCUCAACCCCCACAAGUUACGAUUUAUAUCCAAGCAUAGCUCAACUACGGUCGCAACAAAAUUUUCUCCAAAUAUGGCACUGUUGGAUUAUUUGCAAAAUAUUCCUUCUGUUAUUAUAUACAUUCUUCUUCCUCUAAUUUUGCACCGGAUUAUCACAUAUAUUAUACAGAGAAGAAAUUUUCCGCCCGGACCUAUUGGCUUACCAGUUGUUGGAUAUUUACCUUUCUUAACUAAAAAUGUGCAUCUCAAACUCAUGGAUCUAGGGAAAAAAUAUGGAGAAGUAUUCAGCAUACAGCUGGGAUCUAAGCCAGUUGUGGUAUUGAACAGCGCAAACAUCAUACGUGAAGCUUUCUCAAAAAGUGAAUUUCUGGGCAGACCACCGAAUUCAGCAUUCACGUUAUUAGGCGGUCAAAGUCCAUUCUUCGAACAAGGAUUUCACAUAUGGCAAGAACAACGCAGAUUUGUCUUACAAUCUAUGAAGGACCUCGGGCUUGGCAAAUCAAAAAUUGAAGGACACAUCCUAGAAGAAAUCAACCACUUCUUGGAAGUUCUUAGCGAGCAUAAGGGUGAACCAAUGGAUUUAAUGGCCCCAUUAACUCCAAGUAUGUCCAAUAAUAUAUCAUCUCUCGUCUUCGGCAAACGAUACGAAUACGAUGAUCCCGAACGUGUUCAACUGGAUGACAGUUUGGACAAGGUUGCAAAAGUUUUGGGGCAGACAGCAUCUCAUAUAUUUUUUCCAUGGAUCAGAUAUUUCCCGUUCAUACUUAAGUUGUUAAAAGUUGAUGACGCUGUGGAAUCUUUUAGGAAAGCGGAUGAAAUUUUCGUCAAGAAAAUGGAGGAUCACAGGAAAACGCUUGACCCAAGUGACAUCCGUGAUUUUAUUGACAGUUACCUCAUUGAGAUGGAAAUAAGGAAAGCGAAAGAACCUCAGACAACAUUCUCAGAUGAUUCUCUCAAAGGAUGCGUGUCCGAUUUGUUUGCUGCUGGCAGCGAUACUGUUCGGACUUCCAUUUCGUGGUGUUUAUAUAUCAUGGCUGCUUAUCCGAAAAUACAGAAAAAGGUGCAGAGAGAGAUCAUGGAUGUUUUGGGGUCCGAAAAAAGUCCGGAAUUUCAUAUUCAGAAAGAGAUGCCUUACACUCACGCAGUGCUCUUAGAAGUAAUGCGUUGGAAGACGAUAGUACCUCUCAAUCUCUUGAGAUACCACACUAGCUCAAAUAUUGAGGCAAUGACAUCACUCGCUAUUAACCGUAGGUUAGCACACUGGCUGACACGACUCUUGCAGGAUAUAAUAUUAUAUCCUGCAAGAGUCCUGAUUUCAUCCGAUUUCUGGUCUGCGCAUCACGACCCUGAUGUUUGGGAUGACCCGGAGAGUUUCAAGCCGGAAAGGUUUCUCGGACCAGAUGGAAAAUCCGUCAACAAAUCAAAAAAUUUAAUGCCUUUCUCCGUCGGCAAAAGGGCUUGCCCAGGAGAAACGAUGGCUAACAUGGAAAUAUUUCUUUAUUUCGUGUCCAUUCUGCAAAAGUUCGAUGUUGCUUUCCUGCAAGGAGUGAAGCCGACGUUUGAAGCAGAACUCGGUAUCACUUACAAACCCAAACCUCAUAAACUGCGGCUGAUACAUAGAAGUUAAUUAUUGUAUUCUACGAGAAGAUAGUAUUUCCAAAGUUAUGUUCUUUCUAAUUAAUUGUAAACUUCGAGAUAUUUAUUCUCGUAAGUGAGAAAGCAAUGAAACGUAAAAAUUAAAUAUUGCAAAGUUA